AUGGAACAAAUUAAUAAUCUAACGAAUUCCAAAUCAACGAAUCCACAAAUUGAAAGCGAAGAAUUAUUAGACCUUUUAGAAAGAUAUGAAAUAUACAGGAAUCAAACUCUGGAGGAAAGACAUGACCAUGAUAAACUAUAUAACAUCACAUCUGGAAAAAAUGCUGCACCUGAAAUUGAAGAAUUUUUGUUGAAUGUGGAGAAGAUUGGAGAUGAUGCUCGCAAAACAUUUAUUACUGAAUGCAUUGAAUAUCCAGAAAGAUAUUCAUUACCGAUAAAGAGACAGAAAGUACAAACUUUUGUCAACACAGUGAAGAAGAAAAAAGUAGCCGUUUCUGGAAGAGUACAAGAAAAAACUCUACAGAAUUUGUACAUAGUUGAUGGAUUACUUUUUAUAAACUCGUUAAAAGAAAUACCAAGAACUUUUGGGGAUUUAUCCAAGAAAAUAUUAUCUUCUUUGUGCAAAAUUUCAGCUACUGGAAUUGAUGUUAUAUUUGAUAGACAGUUUAUACCAUCUAUAAAUGAUACUAAUAAAUGUAUUAGUGGACGUAGUGAACGUGAGUUUAAAAUAUUAGGAUCAAAUCAAGUUCGGCCUUCUGACUUCGCAAAAGAAAUGAAAAAUUCCAAGUUUAAAGAAGCUUUAAUCAGUUUUUUCCUCAAACAUUGGCAAGAAAGUGAUUAUAAUAUUUUAGGUGAUAAGAUCAUUAAUAUUAAUUUCGAUGUCUUGCGAUGGCCAUGA